AGAGGACACAUUGUUACUAGUUYAGCAAAGUGUGCGUUGACGUGAUAGUGUGUGUUUGAAUAAAAAUGACAAUGGAUACCGAGGUUACGCCGAUCAAAGUCGUCAAGAGACCCUUUGAUGUCGCUUUUUUGAUGUUGCCAGACGAUAAGCUCAAGCAAAAGCAAAGUAAAAUACCGAGACCCGACUACGAAAAAAUCGCAGAAGUUUCGUAUAACAACAAUGAAAGUGUGGACGAAGACGAGGAAAUUGAAGUCGGAAACAACCAGGAUUUUGUAAGGACACACCACAAGUAUUUCACCCAAAAACAGCAAAUUUUUGACGACCCCAAUUUGAUCAAAACGAGAAAUUUGGACGAGUUGAGAGGCAAGACUGACCCGAGUUCAUCCGAGCAAAAAAGUGCUUUCACUAAGGUAAACCUAGCUUCGAAAGACUUGCGUUUGAGCCCCAAUCUUUCUAUAAGUCCGGACCUGAGUUACCAAAACUCCCUCAGUCCUUCCCCUCCAAUUAUCAACCGGUCCUAUCAAAACACGCUUUUCAAAACCCAACAAAUCAAUGCAUAUCAGAACUCUUUUCUCCCGGAAAACUUCGCGCCCGGAUCAAAUCUGGAAAACCCAUUCCUGAUGAAAAACCCGGAGUUGAUUCAACCCAACUUUUCGAAAAUGCGGCCGAUGUACCGGCCUGACCUCCCCUACAAUUACCAGCAAUUUCCUAAUCAGGAGAUGUUAAAACUCGCCACCCCUGAGAUAAGAAACCCCGCUGCGGCGAUUUUAACCUCACUUCUGCCGCCGUCGUUGGCGGCGUUGUCUCUGCCGGCGCAAAAUGUCUGUGCCAAAUGCAAUAUUUCGUUUCGGAUGACGUCCGAUUUGGUCUAUCAUAUGAGAUCGCAUCAUAAGAAUGAUUCGGUUGAUAUGCACAAGAGAAGGAGGGAGGAAAAGCUCAAGUGUCCGGUUUGCUCAGAGUCGUUCCGGGAAAGGCAUCAUCUGACGAGGCACAUGACCGCACAUCAAGAUAAAGAUGAGGAAGAUGGRGAUGUCAAAAAGUAAUUUGUUCCUAAAGCGAUGUUUUAGAAGAGUCGUUCAGUUGCAUGAACAACGCGUGUUCAUUUUUUCGAAAACAUUACUU